UUGGAGUUACGAACCUUUCACGAAAUUUGACGAACAAUGCUACGAACUUUUAUUUUCUGUGUACAAAAAUUGGUAGAAGUCUACCACCCAAUGCCCGAACCUUCACAAAAAUGACAUUACAGAAGAACCCCUUGAUGGAUUUGAGUGAAAUUUUUUUUAAAAGUUAGAUAAUAAUGUCUACUUUUAAUUUUGAUGAAAUUUGGGCCAAGUGUAACUUAUAAAAAUUAAAUGGUCAACGCCUGAAGUUAGGGUACCCUAUUUGUAACAUAAGGGUAUCACAUAAAAAACAUUAAAAAAGAACCACGUGACCGAUCGGGAUGAAAUUUUUUUUGAAAGUUAGGGGACAUGAUUAGCUACCAUUUGAAUCCGAGUUUGUUCAAAUCGGUCAACCACAGGCUGAGAUAUACUCGAAAGUGUAUUUUUUCACUAUGGUUCACUAGAAUGGCUGUCACGACUGAACCGCUUGACCGAUUUUCGAAAAUUUAUCAGAUUUGGAAAGGGAAUUAAAUUACCUUUCCAACGAUACUCUAUUCAUCAAAAUCGGUGCACUAGCGGCCGAGAUGCAAGGGGUCAAAGUGAAAAAUUGUAAAAUAUUGAAAAAAGUAUCUUCUACCUAGUUUUACCAAAAUGGCUGCCAAAAGCGAACGGAUUGACCGAUUUUUAAAAAUUUACCAGUUUUGGAAAGGUGAGAAAUGUACCUUUCCAAAACUGGUAAAUUUUUGAAAAUCGGUUAAUCACAGCCGAAGAUAUAGGCAUUUGAAUUUUGCCUUCAAAAAUAUCCCAUUUUAGCCUUGCCCGGAAACUUUUCGCGGGUAGUGUAUAUAUAUAAACUGAUUAGAUUCACUUCAAAGUUGGUUCUUUUUAAUCGCAUCCUUUCAAGUUCUGGAAUUACAAAAGAAAAUCAAACUUCCCCAUUCUACUACUACAGACUAGAUUAGUGGAAAAUAACUUGACUCCCACUCUUCACUCAUCACACAAUGAUAAAAACCAAAACGUAUGUAUGUAAAUGAGCUAAUAUACUCAUUGGUUACACACACUUGCGAUAAAAAUUAUUCCUCGUAUAUAAAAAUAAAUAUGUGAUGUCUAAAUCAUUUACUUUUAGUUGAUAUCUAACGCCCAACAGAGGAGCACUGAAAGUGUCUUAUUAGAAAACCAUUAAACGAUAUAUUUAAAGUUCGUUCAUAAAACUUUAAGGAUGCCAGAUUCAAAUCAUUACAAUAAGGAUGAAAUUAAUCCGCCCGAUUUCCUGAACCAGGAUUUUUUUGAAAAUGUGCUUAGAGAGUCAGAAAAUGAUAAAGCUCUUAAAAUAACACAACUCAAGUUGGUUCCUGGAACAAAACCUGGAGAUCAUUUUGCCAGUAUUAUGUUCAAAGCAAUUAUCUCUUACACCUCGAAAGGUAAAACAAUUGAAGAUCGAGCACUUGUAAUUAAAACAAUGCCCGUAGAGGAGGGCAUAAAAAAGGACAUGUUGAAGGAUAUGCCCAUUUUUGAUCGAGAAAUUGAUAUGUACACGAAAGUUCUACCCGAAAUGAUGCGAGUAAUGGAGUCAAUUGGUGAUAAGGAAGUACUUGCACCGAGAUUAAUUUAUCACAGCACUGACCCACCAACACUUAUCUUUGAAGACAUUACAAAACUCGGUUAUGAAAUGCACAACGGUUUUUUUGAUUUUACCAACACCGUAUUAAUUAUUAAGAAAUUGGCUAAAUUUCAUGCGGUCUCUUUUUACAUGAAUGAUAAUAAAUACAAUCACAUUGAUAUAGCAAAGUAUAAGACAAUUACUGGAGAAGAAAUGUUGGAGAAGAUGAAAGUUUUUUUUGACGGAUUUGAUUACCUCAAAGAAGAGGUAGAAAAUUGGCCGGGCUAUGAAGUAGUUGCGGAAAAGCUUGCAAUUCAGAAUGCCACAUUCAUGGAGAAAAUAAGAAAAGUUUACCAACCGAAUCCUGAAUCCUCUAUCAAUGUGCUCUGCCACGGAGAUUUUCAUGUCAGGAACAUGAUGUUCAUUAAAAAUGGACAAGAUAUCAAGGAAACAAUGUUCUUAGACUAUCAAGUUUCAUUUUGGGGAUCACCAGCCGUGGAUUUAAUUUACGUACUUUAUGCAGUUGGAAAUGCUGAAUGUCGAAAACGACGUGAAGAAUUGCUUUCGAUUUACCAUGGAGCACUCACAGAAUAUCUAAAUAAUUUAGGAUGUCUAAAGAAACCUCCGUCCUUGCUGGAGCUUAAUAUUGAAAUGCUGAAGAAAGGUGCAAUGGAAAUGUUAUGGAGUAUAUGUUUCCUACCAUUCUUCCACAUGGACUUUACCAAAGUUGACAUUGAAGAUUUUGUAAAUCCAACCCCGGAAGUUAUGGGACGUAUGAGAAAAAUGAUGUACACCGAUGAAAAUAUGGUUAAGAUCUUAAAAGUUGUACUUCCAGAACUUUUAUACAAAGGAAUUUUAGCUUGAAUUCAUUAAAUAAACUAGAUUAUUACCUUCGCA